AUGCGAUCCCUUCAAAUGAUAGCAUCCACUGUCAUACUUAUGGGUGCAGAACGCAAGUUGCAUGCUUCAACGAUUAUUUUCCGAUGGUUUAAUGUUCAUGUACCAGACAACGCGAGUUUUCAUCAACCAGAAAUUGGAACUACCGUAGCCAAAGCUUACUGUUGCCAAUGUAGAAAGAUGAUCGGAUGGAAAAUUAUUGGAGUCCCCGGACAGCACACGUAUGUUAGAGAAGGAAGAUUCUGUAUGAAAUUGGACAAGCUUACUUUUUCUAAUCAUAUACCGUUACUUCGUUCAAUCGAGGAACAAAUUGAGAGAAAUGCAGAUCAAGAUGGAGACGCAGCUGGUCAAGAUUUAGGCGUUAAUGAGAAAAAUGAUGGAGACGCUAAUGAACAAGAAGUGGGCGCUAAUGAGAAAAAUGCUAAUCAAGAUGGAGGCAGUAAUGAUCAAGACGGAGGCGCUCCAAUGAACUGA